AGAGAGAGAGAGAGAGAGAGAGAGAGAGAGAGAGAGAGAGAGAGAAAACGACAAAGCUACAGGAUGGAAGUACGAAAGGAAAAAGAAAGAAACACGGAAAGUCCAAUGAUUUCAAUGAGCACCAUUAUCGUCCACUAUCUCGAACGUUGUCGGUAUUCAAAAAACAUGUUCCACGAAGAGUUAUUGACAUGUCGAUCGCAUACACACACACACACACAUGUCUCAGCUCUACGUCUCGACGCUAACGAUUCAUGGUCGAUGAUCAUUGUUUGCAGGUUUCUUCUUAUUGUAUCAUGCCUCACCUAUGCAUGUAGUCGCGUAACGUAUGUAACUAUCGAAAUCAAAGAAUAUUUGAUAAUAGCUUUUAAUAGAAAUUUCCAGAGAAGAAAAGUGAGUGUAGCUAAUGAGAUAUUAUUGAUCGAAAAACUCGAUCAAAUCCAAUAAUAAUUAUUUACGAUCACUGAGAAUGUAAGUCACAUAAUCGAAUAUUCGAGUUGAUAAAUAAUCAACGAUACGAUUGAAGACGAGCAACAACAUUGGCAGGAUCCUACGAGGAAUGAUUUUUGCGGCACUUUGGCUUCGACUUAGUGUGUCACCGCGAGCGAUAACCCGCUAUAAGUCUCUCGUAAACAAAAAGAAUACAGAAGCAUCUCAUGUUUAUACAUUUAUAUUAUUAUAUUGGUAUAGUAUAUGUAUAUGCGAGCUUGUAUGCGUAAUAUUAUACGUUGGGAUGAUCGGACUUACGUUAGAAACGGUUUUAUCGCUCGGAGCUGUACACGUUCAUGAUAUAUUACUUACCGUACGUAGAGAGAGUAUCUUUUUUAAUUGGGAUUAUUCGGCAAAAUCGUUGAAAGUUUUACAAGGUUACGUGCGUAUGCACCAAGACAAAUAUCGCCAUUCGGUGAACUUUAUUUUCCGCAUUGAUGUUUUACGCACGCGCAAUCGUGCGAUUAAGACGGUUUAUAGAUUUACGGAAAGAAUUAACGUUUCGUUGCCGUUGGGGCAUCGUCAUCGGAUGAUAUACGAUAAGGCACGUAGACGUCUUUCUAUUUGCGUUUUAAUUGAGGAACGUAUUGGAAAUAUAUUGGAAUUUGUUGAAUGAUAUAGCAUAUUCAAAUAGAACUCCUUAAGAAAGAAAAACAUGUUAAAUUGGAUAAUAUGGUAUGAAGAAUUGGUAAAGAUUGCUUUUGAUUUCAUCGAUCGUGGUAUAUAUCAUGCUGUUCGAUAAAAAUCCGUAAAGAUCGAUGAAGAAAGAUGAAAUAAAUGGGAUCAAAGAAUGCUUCCUUGUUCCUCGAUCUCUGGUAAAAGGAAUAUAUGUAUGUAUAAGGAGUGGGAGAAGAAUCCGGUAGCUCUGUAUGUGCCGUUACGCUUCGAGCGUAGGCGCUCGACUUUCUCCGUCUGAUCUCGGCUGCUAUCGGUCGACCGAUUUGGAGCCACGCGAGAGGAACGCUUAUAUAGGCGCACGCGUAACGAAUGAUUACGUUAAGAGCGCGUAACGCUUACCACGCGCUUCUCUUCGAAGAAUGAUUUAUCCUAUUGAUCGACUGUUAUCGAUUUUAUCAACUCGUAAGAAAUAAAUGUUCAACGCGCAGACCUUUUACUUUGAAAUGACAUUCUUAUCACAUUAUUUCGGAUUAUCAACGUUCAUCCCGCGUAUCAAGGCUUCUCCCUUCCUACACAAGAGAUAUCACAUACGAGAGAUUUACUUUACUCGCUCUCUUCAACAACAUCUUUUACAACAUCGAACAUCCACUUUAAUUCAUUUUAUUCAAGUAUUGGUAGUGCGUAAUUUUCUAAGAACUUGCAUAUUUCCUCCUCGUCAUUACUUAUCCUCCUUGCUCGUUUUCUCUCUCUCUCUCUCUCUCUCUCUCUCCCUCUCUAUUUUGCUUUCGCUCUUCGGCGUUUAUACAAUACGGAUGUUCUCUCAUAGAAAACGUUCGUUCGAUUUUCCUUAUUAUGGAGGAAAAAUGUCUUGGACGACUAGGAGAGAGGCGCUCAAGUUUUAAAUCUAAAAGAUUUUAACGUAACUUGUAACAUAAUCGAGCUUGUAACGUAAAGCUUAAAGCUUAAUCGUUGAAUCAUUGAGAGACAAAACCGAAUAGAAACCACCUGUUAUCGAUGUAACCGCGCAAGUAAGGGUAAGAGAAGCGGGAUGUAGGUAUAUGUCUUCUCCGGCAAAGAACCCGGAAGAACGGGAUCGAGGAGAGAAAGAUACGAUGGAUCGUGUGUGAUUGUGGAAGAGAACAGACGUUGCGUUGGAACACGCGUUAUAUGAUAAAUGUUAAAUUCCUCUCGAAGCAAGGCAAGGAUUUUCCUCCUUCGACUCACCGUAUCUCCCCCUUUCGCCGUUACCUUCCGCAGCUCUUCUGUUUCCUGGUUGUAUAUAGCGAAUCGAUCGACGACUAUUCUUUGCGACCCUCAAAUAAAUGAGUUCCUGCUUCAUACGUAGAUAGAUAAUUAAUAGAGAGAGAGAGAGAGAGACAAGUUGCAUUCGACUUAAUCCUUGGAGAUGUGCGUGAGAAUACGCGUACUCCACAGGCGCCUUCUUCUUUUCGUGUGCAUAUACUUACGUAUAUUAGCAACGUGUAGUUACCUACUUCCUCUUCGAGAAAGUGACACCGACUACGCUGGAAAACAGUAGUCAGAAAUCUGAGGCGUGUUAUGAAAUUGUUGCCAACGAUUCAAUUGCCACAAUUACCGCCGGUUUCCGCCGCGAGCGGAUUAACCGGGAUGGAUUCUCGACUACCACCGGGUAUAUCGUUGCCCUUUAGCCCAACGGAUUUGCUUUGGCGAUACGGACCCAGUAUGAAUUUUCCGCCAACGACACAUCCACCACCGAGUCCGUUGCUUGAUUUCAAGACGCACCUGCCUGCGAGCUUAGCCUCCGAUCCACGACUUUGGUCAAGAGAGGACGUCGCCGCGUUUCUACGGUGGGCCGAAAGGGAAUUUGAUUUGCCCCAAUUCGACAUGGAUAUGUUCCAGAUGAACGGAAAGGCGCUUUGCCUCCUAACGAAAGCCGAUCUUGGCGAAAGGUGCCCUGGGGCGGGUGACGUCUUGCACAAUGUCUUGGCGAUGCUUGCGCGCGAUUUCAAUCAGUUACAGAGGUGCCUUCCCAGUAGUCCUGUAACACCUACCAGACCAUCAGCUUAUCCGCUCAGUCCUCAUUCGCACCCGCCAACGCCUACGUGGACUGAAAAUCCAUACGCCGCAAAUCUGGCCUCACUGAUGUCCGCCAAUUCCGUUACUCUGUCUCCGGCACCGUCUGUCGAUAGCCAGGCUGGUUCACCUGGACACGCGGAUGGCAACCAGACGCAGAUUUAUAAGAGCGAUUCGGACGAGGACAAUCAUCAAGUAGGAGGAAGUAACAGUCCUCCGGCGACACCUACGGCACUCGCUGCGCAAAGACUUAGCGAAGUUUGCGUUAAGGAUCAACCGAGUCCGACGCUGCCUUCCCAAAUGAUGCCACUUACUUCGGGUGCAUAUAGGCAGGCCGCCGCGAAUACCGCGAGAGAAUUCUUUCCUAGCGACUCGUCCGAACCUAAUACCAAUGGGAGGCUUUUAUGGGAUUUUCUUCAACAGUUACUCAACGAUCCAUCUCAACGAUAUACACAUUAUAUAGCGUGGAAGAGUCGAGAGACUGGAGUUUUUAAGAUCGUUGACCCUCCUGGUUUAGCACGGUUAUGGGGUAUACAGAAAAAUCAUUUGUCUAUGAAUUAUGACAAGAUGAGCAGAGCUUUACGUUAUUACUAUCGCGUAAACAUACUUAGGAAAGUCCAGGGAGAGCGGCAUUGUUAUCAGUUUCUCCGAAAUCCAACCGAGUUGAAGAACAUAAAGAAUAUAUCUUUGUUGCGACAACAAAUGCGAAUAAAAUCGGAACCCGAGGAGGAGGGAAGCAUGACCGGAAGCGGUCUGGACACGGAAGCGGACAUGCCGACGGAUCUCUCGAUGUCCACUAUGAAUCAACCGUCGAGCGAGCAGCCUCUACCGCUACACGAUCCACCUACCAAGUACAGAAGUCACGCGUAUAAUCUCGUUAAGGCCAGUCAGGAACCGGAAGAGAGGAAGUGACGAGGGUCCUAGCGUUGAUAUCGCGCGACAGCGCACGAUUACAUACGAUAGUACGCUAUCAUUGGACGUUGGCGCUAAUGCGAAUAUGUUGCGGGCUCUCGUUUUAAAACUGGAUGCCUCCGAACGGUACGCGAAAAGACAACGAAAGGCCGUCCAGUAUCUAUACCGACGUCGUUGGAUACGAUUGAGGACGCAUUUCCGAGGGUAGCUGUGAUGAAAGUCUUUAGAAGAAGUGGAUAUCGCCAUUUGGUUACCAAUUCUAGAAUCGAUUGAAAUCGACUAGAAUCGCCUAGAAUCAAGAAUAUAAGGAAUAUAAGAUAUCGAGAAGAUCGUAGCAAGAUAUUUCUAUCGGUGGCAAACGCGAUAUGCCAAAGGAUGCCUCUCGAAUUUCGUCCAUACAUCGGUCAAAAAUCUAUUGCUGAUUAUAAUAGUACAAGAUUCCUCUCCCUUUUAUCUAAGGACUUUUGGGAGAACGAUCCUAACAGAAAGCCAAGAUUUAAUGAGAGCCUUUAUAAUCGGGCCAUAAUGGUGGGUAAGAUUUUAGCGGUCUGUGAUUAUGAACCAUUUCUCUUGAGGAAUAUGGGACUCAUAAGAAUGAGUAAAUAUCGUGGGAUUUAUCAUUGUCCAUUAUGAAUUAAUGCCUCUUACUCAAGUGCAAUCAGAUGAUAGCUAUCGGUUACCGAGCAACACACGGUUAUUAAAGGACGUUAAACUUAUUUAGAUGGAUUUCAAUAAGCGUGCAAAAUAUUUUAACAAAAAUUACGUGUAAUACGUAGGAUAUCGUAGGAUGUCGUGGUUUUUUAAGGAGAUAUUUACGAAAUAUAAUAUUUUAUUAAAUUCGGAUAUUAUAUAAUGCAUAAUAUUCAAUAAGACAACGUAAGCUGAAAAAUGGGAAAAUUGGUCGAAGGUAUACUUGCCAGGAGAUCUCUGUGCGAUCUUUGUUAAAGUUACUCCCUUGUGGAAUCAAGAUAUCACCAUCUCCAUGCUAUUCUCCCAACAUAUCGACUCUAGUAAAAAGCGAAAGAUCUGGAUUGCCUAUUAUUGUACGCUUCGUAAUACAUGAUGAUUCGUUAUAACCGUCGUGGAAAAAUACUUUAGUUUAAGCGGUGAAUCGUCGUGUCGAAUCGGUGGACGCUUCAGUGAAGCUUAAAGGUUUGCGGAUAUUCCGCUAAUGUUUCUCCAUAUCUUCUUUCAUGAAACCCUCUUUUUAAUGCGAAACGUUUUAGUUUUACUUUCUCUCCUCAAAUUUAGACUAAAUAUACUUAUAUACGUAUAUGUACCUAAUUUACGUAUGCCUAAAUUUAUGUAUAUGUACAUAUAUACGUAUAUACAUGUUUUCAUAUACGUACA